AGGCCAUGCUGCUCUGCUGAGGCGCCCGGCUGAAGGUCCCUGGGUGUUCCAGUGGGAGAGGCAGGAGCACAGCCUCCAGGGACUGAGUUUGCCCAGGGCGAGAGCACUGCUCUCCCAGUGGUCUGCACCCCAGGCCCUGGCAUUUUCAGAUGGCUCAUGCGCUGGGCCCCCAGGUGAUGGAUUUGGAUAUGUUUCUAUGAAGAAAUGCCACAUGUCACUACUGAAACAAGAACAAACAUGUCCAGACUGCUGCCACCUUAGGGGAUAGGGCUGGUUGACAGCUCUUCCCAGGGAGUCAGGCGUGGUCUGACCCAGGAGCAGGAAACACAUCAUCACCAAUGACAUCAUGACAACAAGAGAGCACAGCCCUCGCCAUGGCGCCAGGGCCCGUGCACUGCAGCGGGCUUCCACCAUUGAUGUGGCAGCUGACAUGCUUGGCCUCUCUCUGGCAGGAAAUCUACAAGAUCCAGAUGAACCCAUUUUAGAGUUCAGCUUAGCUUGUAGUGAGCUGCAUACGCCAUCGCUAGAUCGGAAACCAAAUAGUUUUGUAGCAGUGAGUGUGACCACCCCUCCACAGGCAUUCUGGACGAAGCACGCGCAGACGGAGAUCAUCGAGGGAACCAACAACCCUAUAUUCUUAAGCAGCAUUGCCUUCUUCCAAGACUCUCUCAUCAAUCAGAUGACGCAGAUCAAACUCUCCGUGUACGACGUCAAAGACAGAUCUCAGGGAACAAUGUACCUACUGGGCUCUGGGACAUUCAUUGUCAAGGAUCUGCUCCAGGACAGGCAUCAUCGGUUGCAUUUAACACUAAGGUCUGCAGAGAGUGACCGUGUGGGUAACAUCACGGUGAUCGGCUGGCAGAUGGAGGAGAAGUCAGACCAGCGGCCUCCAGUGACCCGGGCUGUGGACACCAUCAACGGGAGGAUGGUCCUCCCCGUGGACGAGAGCUUGACCGAAGCGUUGGGAAUCCGAUCCAAAUAUGCUUCGUUGCGUAAAGACACAUUGCUGAAAUCGGUGUUCGGUGGUGCCAUCUGCCGCAUGUACCGCUUCCCCACCACCGACGGCAACCACCUGCGGAUCCUGGAGCAGAUGGCGGAGAGCGUGCUCUCCCUGCACGUGCCCCGGCAGUUCGUGAAGCUGCUGCUGGAAGAAGAUGCAGCCAGAGUGUGUGAACUGGAGGAGCUGGGGGAGCUGUCCCCCUGCUGGGAGAGCCUCCGGCGCCAGAUUGUCACUCAGUACCAGACCAUCAUCCUCACGUACCAGGAGAACCUGACCGACCUGCAUCAGUACAAAGGUCCCUCGUUUAAAGCGAGCAGUUUGAAAGCAGAUAAAAAGUUGGAAUUUGUUCCCACAAACUUGCACAUACAAAGAAUGAGGGUUCAGGACGAUGGAGGAUCAGAUCAGAGCUAUGACAUCGUCACCAUUGGGGCGCCAGCCGCACACUGCCAAGGUUUUAAGUCAGGAGGCCUCCGCAAAAAGCUGCACAAAUUUGAAGAGUCCAAGAAACACAGUUUUGAGGAGUGUUGUACGUCAUCCAGCUGCCAGUCCAUCAUCUACAUACCACAGGACGUCACCAGAGCCAAGGAGAUCAUCGCCCAGAUCAACACCCUGAAAACCCAAGUGAGUUACUACGCAGAGCGGCUCUCGAGGGCGGCCAAGGACCGGUCUGCCACUGGCCUCGAAAGGACGCUCGCCAUCUUGGCAGACAAGACCCGGCAGUUGGUCACCGUCUGCGACUGCAAGCUGCUGGCCAACUCCAUCCAUGGGCUGAACGCGGCGCGGCCCGACUAUAUUGCUUCCAAGGCCUCCCCCACCUCGACCGAGGAGGAGCAGGUGAUGCUCAGGAAUGACCAGGACACCCUCAUGGCCAGGUGGACGGGCAGGAACAGCCGGUCUUCUCUGCAGGUGGAUUGGCACGAGGAGGAGUGGGAGAAAGUGUGGCUGAACGUUGACAAGAGCCUGGAGUGCAUCAUCCAGCGGGUGGACAAGCUGCUGCAGAAGGAGCGCCUGCUCGGUGAGGGCUGUGAGGACGGCUUCCCCUGCUCGGGCAGCGGCACCAGCAAGAAAGGUAACCGGAACAGCCACGCCUACUGGAUCAGACCGGAGGACCCCUUCUGUGAUGCCCCCUCCUCACCACGCCCCGCCUCCAUGCCCGCUGCUGCAUGCCAUCCUCACCUGACCACACAUUGCAGCCCCCCUCCUGAAGAAUCCAGCCCAGGUGAAUGGAGUGAGGCCCUUUACCCCCUGCUGACCACACUCACAGACUGUGUGGCCAUGAUGAGCGACAAAGCCAAGAAGGCCAUGGUCUUCCUGCUCAUGCAGGACAGCGCGCCCACCAUUGCCGCCUACCUGAGCCUGCAGCACCGCCGCGACGCGGUCUUCUGCCAAACCCUGACUGCUCUCAUCUGCGGCUUCAUCAUCAAGCUGAGGAACUGCCUGCACGACGAUGGCUUCCUGCGGCAGCUCUACACCAUCGGGCUGCUCGCCCAGUUUGAGAGCCUGCUGAGCACCUACGGUGAGGAGCUGGCCAUGCUGGAGGACAUGAGCCUUGGAAUCAUGGACUUGAGGAACGUGACCUUCAAAGUUACGCAGGCCACUUCCAACGCAUCAACUGACAUGCUGCCUGUCAUCACAGGAAAUCGGGACGGGUUUAACGUGCGGAUCCCUCUGCCGGGCCCCCUGUUUGACACCCUGCCCCGGGAGAUCCAGAGCGGCAUGCUGCUUCGGGUGCAGCCCGUCCUCUUCAACGUGGGCAUCAACGAGCAGCAGACGCUGGCCGAGAGGUUUGGCGACACAUCGUUACAAGAAGUUAUCAACAUGGAGAGUUUGGUGCGGCUAAAUUCCUACUUCGAGCAGUUUAAGGAAGUGUUGCCUGAAGAUUGCUUGCCUCGCUCUCGGAGCCAGACGUGCCUGCCGGAGCUGCUGCGGUUCCUGGGCCAGAACGUCCAUGCCAGGAAGAACAAGAACGUGGACAUCCUCUGGCAAGCUGCUGAGAUCUGCCGCCGUCUUAACGGGGUCCGGUUCACCAGCUGCAAGAGCGCCAAGGACCGCACGGCCAUGUCGGUGACACUGGAGCAGUGCCUGAUCCUGCAGCACGAGCACGGCAUGGCCCCGCAGGUCUUCACCCAGGCCCUGGAGUGCAUGCGCAGUGAGGGUUGUCGAAGAGAAAAUACAAUGAAGAAUGUUGGAAGUCGCAAAUAUGCGUUUAAUUCCCUGCAGCUGAAGGCUUUCCCCAAGCAUUACAGGCCUCCCGAAGGGACUUACGGCAAGGUUGAAACUUGAACACCCGGUGUCCUCUCUAGCUGUCAUAUAACAAAUGUGGGGACCCUCUAGUAUCACACACGAGUUCUUCACCAAGACCUGAAGGACUGGUUUUUACUUUUGUGUUUUUUAAAAAAUAUUUCACUAAGGAGUCUAUGAAGCAUGUUUUUUAUUCGGUUGGAAUUAGUAGGAGGUAAUGUUGGCUCAAUAGUGUGGAUAGUAACAACUGCCCAUUUAAACCGCCUGCAGCCAGAACCUCACAGAUAGAUGUCAUGAUAGUCACCUGUAGGUCUGAGAUGCUAAGACUUUUUAAAUGCCCACUUAGGCAGCUGCUCACUUAUUUUUCUACUAAGUAACUCAAAACUGAGCAUCAAAUUACAAUCUACUUUUAAAAAAUCUGAAUGUAAAACAGUAAAUAGUAAACAGUUAAAUCCUGGACAGACCAAUAAGUGUUUUAUGUUAAUUCAAGUUUUGGGGAGAGGCUAGCUCUGGCUCAGGCAGUGAAAGCAGGUGGUUCUACUGAAUUAUCCUGUGAGGGCACAGGCGGGGCCAGAGCCGCAGGCUGAGAAACAGCCCAGACAGACUUUAUGGGAAGGUAACCCCUGCAGAGCCGCUCACACAGUGGGGGCCACUCUGUUCCUUUGAGUUCUGGAACGGUGUGUGCUGGGGAACAGGAAGCCCGCUGCCUGCCUGUCCUCUCAACCUGCACCCUGGCCCCACCCUGCCCGGGUGCAGACCCCCUUCCCGGGCGCCCCAGGACCUCUCGGCAGUGAGGAUUUAUGUGUAGACAGUGGAAGCCUAAAUCUUUUCAGAACAGACUUCCUUUUGUGGGUUUCCCAAUUGUCUUCUAAAAAUCAAUACAAUCAUGUUUGAAGGUCUGAUGAAAGUGUCUUUUAAGUUUGCAAUAAUUGUUACUAUCUUCUCAUUCUGUUAUGUAAGGUGACUAUUGAGAAAGUUGAAAUUAGCUCUGAAAAUGAGAUGUUGAAAGGGAUUAAUGGGCCAUAAAACAGGGAUUUCAUAGAAAAUGAUGUCUG